GGACCGCACGGGGCCUCCCCUCCUCCUGUCGCGGCGGCGGCUUCCAUGUAGCACCGGGCGGGGGGCCUACGGCAAGAUGGCGGAUCUGUCGCUGCUCCAGGAGGACCUGCCGGAGGAGAUUGAGACGUUUGGUGUGGAUGACUACAGCUCAGAGUCUGAUGUGAUUAUUAUACCUUCAGCCCUGGACUUUGUCUCACAAGAUGAAAUGUUGACGCCUUUGGGAAGACUGGACAAGUACGCUGCAAGUGAGAACAUAUUUAACAGGCAAAUGGUGGCUCGAAGUUUGCUGGACACUUUGAAGGAAGUCAGCGAUGAUGAGAGAGAUUGUAUUGCUGUGCUGGAGAGAAUCAGCAGAUUAGCUGAUGAUUCAGAGCCAACUGUGCGAGCAGAACUGAUGGAACAGGUGCCUCAUAUUGCUGUGUUUUGUCAAGAAAACAGGCCUUCAAUACCAUAUGCUUUUUCCAAAUACUUAUUGCCUAUUGUGGUGAGAUACCUCGCAGACCAGAAUAACCAGGUGAGAAAAACAAGUCAGGCAGCAUUGCUAGUUCUGUUGGAGCAAGAACUUAUUGAAAGAUACGAUGUAGAGACCAAAGUAUGCCCUGUUCUUAUAGAACUGACUGUGCCAGACAGCAAUGAUGAUGUGAAGACAGAGGCUGUGGCUAUAAUGUGCAAAAUGGCUUCCAUGGUGGGGAAAGACAUCACAGAGAGACUCAUUCUUCCUAGGUUUUGUGAGAUGUGCUGUGAUUGCAGAAUGUUUCAUGUUCGUAAGGUAUGUGCAGCCAAUUUUGGAGAUAUCUGCAGUGUGGUUGGGCAGCAAGCCACUGAAGAAAUGCUUCUACCAAGGUUUUUCCAGCUCUGUUCUGAUAAUGUUUGGGGAGUUCGGAAGGCUUGUGCUGAAUGCUUCAUGGCAGUUUCAUGCGCAACAUCCCAGGAGGUCCGGCGGACAAAACUGUCAACGCUUUUUAUCAGUCUAAUCAGUGACCCUUCACGAUGGGUCCGCCAAGCUGCCUUUCAGUCCCUGGGGCCUUUCAUAUCAACUUUUGCUAACCCAUCCAGCAGUGGUCAUUUUUUUAAAGAAGAAGAAAGUAAGAACACAGAGGAUCAUAGAUUUUCAGAGGAAGAUGGUGAAAACAUCAGGGAUACAGAAGAUGUCACAACAGAGGAUGUACAUAGCAGGACAGAGCCACCUUCAGAUGCUGAUUUUAGUGAUUUUACAAUAAAACUUGAAAACACCAUGGAAGACCAGAACCCUGUGCCAAGUAAUUCUCAGAGUGAAACUGAUUACCAGACUGAGACAUUCGUACGUUGCACUUUGUCUUCAGAAUCUUGUGGGGAAAUAGCUGAUGAGAAUGAGCAAAGUUCUAGCUUCUGUAGUCUAGCAAUGCUGCAGGAAUCUGGGUUGAGGUCCCAGGAAACCUCCCUCUCAGAACAGGAAUUGUACAACUCUUUCCAUUUCUGGAGGACUCCGCUUCCUGAAAUAGAUAUUGAUUUAGAGCUUCAACAAACUGAUCAGAUAAUGCCUGACCCAGAAAUUCGGGAAGGAACAAAAGACGUGACUGUGCCAGUUUCUUCAAACAUUACUAUGGCCACAAGGAAGGAGCUGGAAGAAAUGAUAGAAAAUCUGGAGCCUCAUAUUGAUGAUCCAGAUGUUAAAGCACAAGUGGAGGUGUUGUCUGCUGCACUUCGAGCCUCCAGUUUGGACCCUCUGGAAGAGACAACGGCAGGCGUUGGCAAGGGAAUGGACUCUCAAAAUGAACUGAGCAUCAAAGACCAACUGAAUUAUAAACUAAUUCAGGAUGAUACUGUGCCUUUAAUUAGCGACGCUGUUGAGAACAUAGAUUCCACUCUCCGCUAUAUUCAUAAUGAUUCAGACUUGAGCACCAAUAGUAGUUUCAGCCCUGAAGAGGAAAGAAAGUCCAAAGUACAGGAUGUUGUACCUCAAGCCUUGUUGGAUCAAUAUUUAUCCAUGACUGAUCCUUCUCGUGCACAAACGGUUGAUACUGAGAUUGCUAAACAUUGUGCAUAUAGCCUGCCAGGUGUGGCACUUACGUUAGGUAGACAGAACUGGCACUGUCUGAAAGAUACAUAUGAGACACUAGCAUCUGAUAUGCAGUGGAAAGUUCGAAGGACAUUAGCAUUCUCUAUACAUGAGCUUGCAGUUAUCCUGGGAGACCAACUCACAGCUGGAGACUUGGUUCCAGUCUUCAAUGGAUUUUUAAAGGACCUAGAUGAAGUCAGGAUAGGUGUCCUUAAACACCUGCAUGAUUUUCUAAAGCUUCUUCAUCUAGACAAAAGACGAGAAUAUCUUUAUCAGCUCCAGGAAUUCUUAGUGACCGAUAACAGCAGGAAUUGGCGUUUUCGAUAUGAGCUGGCAGAGCAGCUGAUCUUGCUUCUAGAGCUAUACAGUGCCAGAGAUGUUUAUGACUAUUUGCGCCCUAUUGCCCUCAGCCUCUGUGCAGAUAAGGUUUCUUCUGUUCGAUGGAUUUCCUACAAGCUGGUUAGUGAAAUGAUAAAGAAGCUGCAUAUGGCUUCAACAUCAGCUUUUGUGGUAGACCUCAUGAACGAACUCAUUGAAAAAUUCUGUAGAUGCCCAAAGUGGUCCGGUCGGCAAACGUUUGUCUUUAUCUGCCAGACUGUCAUUGAAGAUGACUGCCUCCCAAUGGACCAGUUUGCUGUACAGCUACUGCCGCAUUUACUACACUUGGCAUCCGAUAGGGUUCCAAAUGUUAGAGUACUACUUGCAAAAACUUUAAGGCAAACCCUUUUAGAGAAAGAAUAUUUUCUGAAUUCUGCCAAUUCUCAUCAAGAAGUUGUGGAACAAACAAUUAUGGCCCUUCAAAUGGAUGAUGACAAUGAUGUCAAAUAUUUUGCAAGCAUACACCCUGCCAGUACCAAAAUUGCAGAUGAUGCUAUGAGCACUGCCUCAUCGACGUAUUAAAAGAAGUUCCUGAAUGUUACUCUAAUUUUAAUAAAAAACAAACAAAACACAAACUAUCCUCAAAUGCUCCUAAAAUGGAUGAUUUAGGACAACCUCUUCUGAAGGAGGAGAGAUCUCUUGCCGGACUUAACGGGUGGAUGUUAUCUAAACCUGAUACCAGGGAUUUUAAGAGUCAAGAAAAAGUAAACAUCACCUAUCUCAUCUUGACUUUAGAAAAACAUUGCUCAGAGGAUUAUAUUUGCCACUGAAGCCUUAAAUCUUCUGUCUUCCUGAACAAAUGAAACUUGAAUUGGCAGAGCAUUUUCAUUGUAGAAAGGAUGUGAUUUCCAGAGACCUGCAUUGUUGCUCCUGAGGAGUUAACUUAGCAAGUUUUUUCCGUAGCAACUGAUAGUUCAAAUUCUUAUAGCCAGAGAGGCAGAUUUAUAUCAAGAUAUAAGACCUCCAGUAUUAGCUAUAAAAGUUUUUAUCCAUGCAAAGAACCAGAUUGUGUGCCGCUGGGCACAUCCUUAAGUGUGAAUAGUUUUGAUGUGUGUAAAUGGGGAACAGUAGAGAUUUGGAUUUGUCUUAAGGGCUCAGUGGUAACACUAAACUAGAAUCUGAUUUUAAUCUUUAAAUGCAGCAUAUUGCUGUACCCAUUAGCAGAAAACUUUGCUGAGUACCUGUGUCCUAAUUAUUUUCAUGCUGGUCAUGACCUGAAGGAAAUUUAUUAGCACAUGUACUUUAAGUCAGGUAUUUUUAACUUGAUCAUGAUCGGCUCUGAGGUGCAACUUUUUCUUCAUAUACUGUACAUAUCUGUGACCACUCUUGGGAGUGCUGCAGUCUUUAAUCAUGUUGUUUAAAAAUGUUGUGAUACAAGUUGUUCUCUACUUGUCCAAAUAAAAUUUAUUAAUAAGAUUGAAUACGUUGUGACCUUUUAAAGAUAUUAAAAGAACAAAUUUGAAAUGA